AGGUCAUUUCCUAGGAGGAAGGAGAGAGGUCAGUAAAAUGUUGAACCCGCCCCAUGGAAGUCAGGGGAAAUACCAAAACCAAAUGAAAGCAUUAAGAUGUAAGAGACUCACUGUGCCUUCAUCAUCUGACUGACAGAGCCUCUGUGUGAGUUGUGCCUGAGGUGACCGGAGGGACUUACCUGAGCGGGGUCUGACAAAUGUAAACACUUUACCGCUGCUUUCCUUUCACCGGAAGCAGCGGGGGCGGCGGCGGCGGCUUGUAGUCUGUGACUGUGACGAGAAGCUUCCAGGAGGCUGUCCGGGACUUUCCGUACCGAGAGACUGAGCGACCGAGGGUCCUGCUGCUGUCAUCAAACUGAAGAGGGGCGUGCAUUAUCUCCAGCAAAGGAGGAUUAAAAUUUUCUUAUUGGGUUUUUAAUAUUCAAAUAUGGAAACUUAGACGCCUACAAAAGGGAUGUCCGAGAUGGGGGGAGGGGUUUGAGAACAUAUAUCCCUUGGUCUGCGUGUGUGCGUGCGUGUGUGUGUGUGUGUGUGUGCCUCAUACAUUUAUUUAAUUUAUCAUGUUUGAAUGGUUAGAUAUUAAGUUAUUAGACAUGUGUGUGCUGAACGUACAAGAUGAUAAAGUGUAUACCGAUCCUGGGUGAUCUGACCACAGUGUAAUCUUCUGAUUUAUUGAUUUGAGGAUGCGUUUUAAUUACACCUUUUUAAAAUAGUUCAUCCUUUUUUUUUUUACUACACGGGAUGUGUUUUGUGAAACACACACACACCUGGAGUGUACCUGAUGUGUCAGCAGUUAAAUAUGCAGCGGUAGCACUCUACACUAGAUGCAGGUAAAGUGGAUCCAGGUGUAAAGUGCAGGUUGUGUGCAGUGAGUAAGACGUUCACUAAAUGACAGAUUGGUCACCUCGUGCCGUAUGUAUCAGUACUGUGAUGAUGGACGGGUAGUUUUGUUUCUUUCACAAUUUCUUUUUCACAAUUUCUGUCUUGUGAUCUGAGUCCACCCUCACCCCCCCUUCCAUGAUUUGUUUCAGUGUGAGUGAGUGAGUGUGUCUGUGUGAGAGAGAGUGAGACCUUGGGUUUUCUCAAACCCCUCUCCCUUUGAAGGACAUCUCUUUUGCCUUCAUAUCGCUCUACUUCAAUCAAAAGAAAACAUGGAAACUCUUGUUCACCUCAAAAACAACCAAUUUUUGAUGGGUCUGUGUCGCAACGGGCCUCCACCUGACCUACAAUAUGACAACACCUCAGAGCUCUUCCGCAUCUCUACCUUCGCUCGAUUCCCAAUGUCUGGAGUCACGGAGCGAAGCCUGGCGAGGGCAGGUUGGUUCUAUACUGGCGUUGGCGACCGUGUGCAGUGCUUCAGGUGUAAUGUGAUAGCAGAGGGCUGGCAGGCCGGAGACUGUCCAACAGAGAAACACAGACAGCUCUCUCCUUCCUGCUCCUUUAUCCAGAGCCUCCCGUCUACAGCCAACCUGCUCUCCUCCUCACACUCUGCCUUCUCCCCACUCCGCAUCGCCCCAGCCAUACCACUUUCUGGUCCAGGUCCAGCCGCUCCUAACCAGACAGCAAGCCAAGGUGAAGACCCAGUCUACCUAAACAUGGGCUUCUCUGCUCCACCACCUUCUAGCCCACUUAGCUCUCGUGGUGUGGAGGACAUGUCCCACCAGAGACCAACAUGCCACAACCCGAGCAUGCGCAGAGAGCAGGACCGCCUGGACUCCUUCCAGCCCUGGACGCUCUCCAUCAUAACUCCCGCUGAGCUCGCCAAGGCGGGCUUCUACUACCUGGGCCAGGGUGACCGAGUGGCCUGCUUCAGCUGCGGAGGACAGUUGAGUAACUGGGAGCCAGGCGACAGAGCCGUGUCCGAACACCAAAGACAUUAUCCAAACUGCCGCUUUGUGCGCGGGGACAGAGCUGACAACGUGUCGCUGGCUGGAGCUGCAUCUGGAGGAGUGCCAUCCCAACUGUCUGCGGGAGCCCCCGCCCUCAGUAACGUGUCUAACCCUGCCAUGCAGCAGAGCGAAGAGAGGCUACUCACCUUCGUCAACUGGCCAUCUCGUAUCCCUGUCCGGCCCGAUCAGCUGGCUAAAGCUGGCUUCUACUAUGUUGGUCGUAAUGAUGAUGUCAAGUGUUUCUGCUGCGAUGGCGGCCUGCGGUGCUGGGAGUCUGGAGAUGAUCCCUGGGUGGAACACGCUAAAUGGUUUCCUAGGUGUGAAUAUUUGCUCCAGGAGAAGGGACAAGAGUUCGUUCACCAGAUCCAGGCUCGCUUCCCUCGGCUGUUUGAGCAGCUUUUAACAAAUGGAGACAGCAGCUCCAGAGAGUUUGUGGAUCCACCUGUGGUUCAUCUCGCUCCAGGAGAGGAGCGGUCCGAAGACGCAGUCAUGAUGAACACCCCUGUGAUAAAGUCUGCAUUAGAGAUGGGCUUUGAGCGAAGUCUAGUCAAGCAAACGGUCCAGAGCAAGAUCCUGACCAGCGGAGAGAACUACAGAACAGUCCAGGAGCUGGUCUCGGACCUGCUGAGCGCCGAGGACCAGAAGAGGGAAGAGGAGCGAGAGAUGCUGGCAGAGGCGAUGGCAUCAGAUGGUUUCACCUUUGUGAAGAGACACCAAGCAGCGUUGAUCCAGCGUCUGAAGAGUGUAGAGCCAGUGUUGGAGCAUUUAAGAGAGCAAAAUGUCUUAUCUACUGAGGAGUACAGCGGUCUCAAAGCUCAGACGUCGGCCCAGCAGCAAACUGCCAGGCUGAUAGAGCUCGUCCUCACCAAGGGAAAUGCUGCUGCCGAGGUCUUCCGCAACUGGAUCCAGAAAAACGACGUCCACCUGCUCAGAGAUCUCAUGGCUCAGUCAAAUGAAGCUGCGUCACCAAGCCAAGAUCUUUCAGACCUCCCCAUGGAGGAGCAGCUGCGGCGCCUGCAGGAGGAGCGCACAUGCAAGGUGUGCAUGGACAAAGAAGUCAACAUCGUCUUCAUCCCGUGUGGACACCUGGUGGUGUGCAAAGAGUGUGCGCCAUCGCUGCGAAAGUGCCCAAUAUGUAGAGGCCUGGUUAAAGGCACAGUCCGAACCUUCCUCUCAUAAACAAGAUGUCACAAUGACGUGACUGAAUGUAAGCAAUAUGAUAGAAAUCUAUAUUUAUUGGAAAGAGCAGGAAGGUUGUUGUGAAUAUUUUUCCCCUUUCUUUACUUAGAUGUCACUAAGUUUCUUCAUUUAUCUAAUCAACCAGAUGAUACCCAGAGGCACAUAACCUGAUCUGAUGUAAACAUACAGUGUGGCUUUCAGGCUACUUUUCAUGUUAACAAUAUAAAUGACAAUAUAGAAAAUGAUCAAUAUUCUAACUGUGAUUCACUUAACAGAAAUCUCAAAACGUAACAAAACAAACUUUCUUAAAUAACGAUAUUACAGUAACACUUUCUUUUCAAAUCUUUAACAGCAGCCUCCCCUCUUUUUUGUCAGGGGUAUUAAGACUGUGGAAUAAUAAAUCAUUAUAAAAGAUGUUGAUUCUGUCUGAAUAAAACCAAGUUACAUCACCUGAUGCAAAUCAGGAACUUCAUUUACUGCAGAGCUGUCAUUUGGUUGUCACUUCUUGCAUAAGGUGAUUAAUUUAAAUUGAACUGUCUUUCAAAUUCUAAACACUUUGCAAAGUUCUGUUCACCUAGAAAUGUAACUCUGAUUUGACUUGUGAAUUAGUUUAUAGAAAACUACAUUUACACUAACUAAAUCACAUCAUUGUAUAACAUUCUGUAACCACUUAUCCUCACGAGGGUCACGGUGGGGUUAAGCGGUUACAGAUCAUGGAUGGAGAAUAUUGUUUGGAAAAUUAAAACCUUCCCUUAAACAUGAA